AUGCGUGAGGUGGUAAGCAAGGACAUCCGCCGCAUCCUGGGAGAGCGUGCGCGCUACUUUGGCAUCAUUCUGGAGGACGUCUCCAUAACUGCGCUCACGUUCAGCAAGGAGUACACCGCGGCCGUGGAAGCCAAGCAGGUGGCGCAGCAGGAGGCGGAGCGCGCCAAGUUCAUCGUCGACAAGGCGCUGCAGGACAAGCAAAGCGCAAUUGUGCGCGCACAGGGAGAGGCGCAGAGCGCUCGCCUCAUUGGCCAGGCCAUCCAGCAGAACCCCGCCUUCAUUGCUCUCCGCAAGAUUGAGGCGGCGCGCGACAUCGCCGGGACCAUCGCCAGCAGCGCCAACCGUGUGUUCCUGAAUGCGGAGAGCUUGAUGCUCAAUAUAGCGGACAUCCAGACCAACAUCACCAAGAAACCCUGA